AUGGAGGAGAAGAUGGAAUUGAUCAAGUGGAGGACGGACUUGCUGGACAGCGGCGCCGGCAGUAGCAAGAGUGACAAGGAUGAUGAUGCCAUACCAAUGGAUGAUGAGCUUGCUAUUGUUGUUGCUAACGAACCUGCAGCAUUAGCAAUUCAUUGUGGUGAUACAGACGAUGAUGACGGGGAGGUUAUUCCUAUAGAAAUUGUGAGGCCAAGAAGAGUGGGGCCUAAGAAAAGAAAGCUUCCUGGUGUUCCUCAGACACAAGGAUAUGAUGCUAAUGGCCAUCACAUAAGUGUAAGGGAAUCUGCUAUGGCUAGAGCUGAGGAGAUACAGUCAAAUUUACCAGCAGAACAUCCUAGCUUCAUCAAGCAUAUGCUAAGAUCCCACGUCGUGAAGGGUUUUUGGCUGGGUUUGCCAAAACACUUUUGUGACAAGCAUCUUCCGAAUAGAGAUGUCGUAAUUGUGCUAGAAGAUGAGAAUGGAGAGGACCAUGACACGACUUACCUUGGAUACAAGCAGGGACUCAGCGCUGGGUGGAGAGGUUUCGCAAUUGAUCAUGGUAUUAAGGUAUACAUUGUCAGAGCAAAUGGAUUUAAAACAGCAGAUGCAGAUCCCAAUCUGCUGAAUUUGGAAGCGCGCAAGAAAGGAGAACAAAGCUGUGAAGAUGUCAUAACUGAGGAGGACACCACAAACAAUAAUCGCGAAGUGCCUCCAAGUGAUGGCAGCAGCAGGAAUGGCAUCGCGAUUUCAGAUUCAGAGAUCGAUUUCGAUGACGUGACAAGUUUCAGCGACGUCAACGUCAUCCUGGACUGCCUGGCCACCGACUGCGAAUUCCAUGUUCGCCUACGCAGGACGUACUACGAGCUCUGCUGCUCCCAGAAGUCGCUUCUUCACAAGCACCUGCUCAAGCAGCUGCAUCCCACCCUCGUUGCGGGAGUGAUCAUGGAGACGGUCAGCAUCGCCGACGGUAUCAGGGCCUGCAAAGCGGAAGCCUCUUCCCGCGAGGACUUCCUGGUCUGGAAGAAGACGCUGGAGGCCUUUGAGCUCCUGGGCGUGAACGUUGCGUUCUUGCUCAAUCGUGUCAAUGGUCUUCUUGGUGUUGCUUCUCGGUCGAGAGAAUCCUAUGCAGAGUGGCAGGAUAAGUACGAGGAAUUGAAACUGGAGCGGGCUCGUGCCGGGGACAAAAUGAAGGCUCUUGAGCUUCAGCUGUCGACUGUGAAGGAUGUGCUGCAAAAAGUGGAUUCAGAGAUGGAGGAGCUGCAGUCCAGCUUGAAGAAAAGCGAUGAAGAGCUUCAGGAGCUCGCCUCUGCGCCAUGGUGA